CAGUCAAGAUGUGUGACUUCACUGAAGACCAGAUCGCAGAGUUCAAGGAGGCCUUCCAGCUGUUUGACCUAAUACAUGAUGGCAAGAUCUUGUACAGCCAGUGUGGGAACAUGAUGAUGGCCCUGGGCCAGAACCCCCCCAACGCCGAGGUGCUCAAGGUCCAGGGGAACCCCAAGAGUAAUGAGAUGAAUGUAAAGAUACUGGACUUUGAACACUUUCUGCCCAUGCUGCAAAUAGUGGCCAAAAACAAGGACCAAGGCCCCUAUGAGGAUUAUGUCAAAGGACUUCCGGUGUUUGACAAGGAAGGAAAUGGUGCCGUCAUGGGUGCUGAAAUCCGGCACGUUCUUGUCACACUGGGUCAGAAGAUGACAGAGGAUGAAGUAGAGAUGCGGGUGGCAGGGCACGAGGACAGCAAUGAUUGUAUCAACUAUGAAGAGCUUGUCCGCAUAGUGCUGAAUGGCUGAGGACCUUCCCAGUCUCCCCAGAGUCCGUGCCUUUCCCUGUGUGAAUUCUGUAUCUAGUCUGAAGGCUUCUAGGCUCUCAUCUCAGCACCUUUCCCAUCUUGUCUCUCUUGGAUGAUGUCUGCCGUCAGAAUUCACCAAAUAAAACUUGCUCUCCAGCAAAAAAAAAA